AUGGUUGACCACGCACCGAUACUCACUACGGGCGCAAAGGCUUUCACAGCUAUUUCCGACAACCGCGGGGUGGUGCUCGGCGAUGCAUCGGGGCAUGCGCACAUCGUCGCAAGACCAGAGACCCCUCCAAACCCCUCCUGCACCAUCCCCUUUCGCCGCGACCCAGACUUCGUCAACCGUGGGACGCUGCUCGAUCAGAUACGCGAGAGAUGCUCCGCGCCAGCAUCGCGCAUAGCGCUGGUAGGCCUGGGCGGCGUGGGGAAGUCGCAGCUCGCCAUCGAGCACUGCUAUCGCACCGUGGUGGCAUCACCAGACACAUGGGUGUUCUGGGUACAUGCCAGCAACACGGCCCGCGUCGAGCAAAGCUUCCGGGACAUCGCGGAUAGGGUCAAGCUGGCUGGCCGGAACGACCCACAAGCAGAUUUGUUCAAGCUGGUCCACAACUGGCUCCGCAACGAGAGGAACAGAAAGUGGCUGCUGGUCCUCGACAAUGCUGAUGGUGCUGCUGCUCUUUCUCGACCCUUGAACCGGGACCAGAGUGCCCAGCCGACUAAAGACAGCGCCCCUCAGUGGCACCUGUCGAAGUAUUUGCCUCCCAGCAGCUACGGCUCUGUUUUGGUGACAUCCCGAACAAAAAGCGUGGCGUUGCAGCUGGUGGAGAGCUGCGAUAUCAUACCAGUUGAGCCGAUGCACGAUGCAAGCGCGCAGGAGCUUCUUCACAGGAAACUGGGAGGGGAGAUAGAAAAGGACGGUAUUGCCGAGCUGGCGGCGGCGCUCGAGUUCAUGCCACUCGCCCUUGUCCAGGCGGCGGCAUAUAUCCAUCAGCGGGCUCCCAGGUGUUCGGUGCGGCAGUACCUGGACGAGUUUCGCAGGAGCGACACGAGAAAGACAGCCCUGCUGGACCAGGAAGCAGGCCAUCUUCGAAGAGAUGAAGAAGCCAAGAAUUCUAUUAUUGUAACAUGGCAGAUAUCGUUUAACCACAUACGCAGUACAAGACAAUCAGCGGCCGAUCUGCUGUCACUUAUGAGCUUCUUCAACCGACAGGGCAUCCACAAAGCAUUACUCUGCCACCAGGAUAACAUAGGAAAUAAAUGUGAUGAUGGUGAUAAUAAUAAUAAUAAUAAUAAUAAUAUAGAAGGGAAUGAUCCGGAUGACAACGCUCAAGAAGUUAAGGACAGGUUAGAAGAUGACAUUCUUACGCUAAGAGACUACUCCUUUAUCUCCAUAACUAGAGAUACAGACACGUUUGACAUGCAUAGGUUAGUGCAGCUAGCUACCCAGAAAUGGCUGGAGGGCCAGGGGAAAGCUGAGCGGUGGAAGGCGGCAUUUAUUACGAAUCUCUGCAGGGCAUUUCCGAUAGGGGAGUAUGAAAACUGGGAGAGAUGUCGAGAGCUUUUUCCGCACGCAAAGUUAGCAGUCAUGCAGCAACCUGAAAGCGAAGGUGCACGAAAAGAAUGGGCUAAGCUGCUGUACAAGGCAGCAUGGUACGCUUGGCGACAAGGAAGGGGGAAUGAGGCAGAGGAGAUGUCUGGAUUGUCUGUGGCAGUGAGGACAAAGCUUCUAGGGAAAGAGCACGAGGAGACGCUAAGUAGUAUGGCGAUGGUAGGAUUAGCAAGGAAACUUAAAGGGCGGUGGAAGGAGGCCGAGCAACUGGAAGUGCAAGUAAUGAAAGCUCGUGCGAGGACGCUCGGCGAGAGGCAUCCUUCUACGGUGACUAGCAUGGCGAACCUGGCGUCGACGUACUGGAACCAGGGGCGGUGGAAGGAGGCUGAGCAGCUGGAAGUGCAAGUGAUUGAAACGAGAAAGAAGGAGCUCGGCGAGAAGCAUCCUGACACGCUGACCAGCAUGACGAACCUGGCGUCGACGUACAGGAAUCAGGGGCGGUGGAAGGAGGCCGAGCAACUGGGAGUGCAAGUGGGGCGGUGGAAGGAGGCCGAGCAACUGGGAGUGCAAGUGGUGGAAACGAGAAAGAAGGAGCUCGGCGAGAAGCAUCCUGACACGCUGACCGGCAUGGCGAACCUGGCGUCGACGUACAGGAACCAGGGGCGGUGGAAGGAGGCCGAGCGGCUAGAAGUGCAAGUGGUGGAAACGAGAAAGAAGGAGCUCGGCGAGAAGCAUCCUGACACGUUAACCAGCAUGGCGAACCUGGCGUCAACUUAUUCGAACCAGGGACGGUGGAAGGAGGCCGAGCAGCUGGAAGUGCAAGUGAUGGAUGCCAGUGCAAAGGAGCUCGGCGAGAAGCAUCCUUCUACGCUGACCAGCAUGGCGAACUUGGCGUCAACUUAUUCGAACCAGGGGCGGUGGAGGGAGGCCGAGCAGCUGGAAGUGCAAGUCUUGGAGGCCAGUGCAAAGGAGCUCGGCGAGAAGCAUCCUGACACGCUGACCAGCAUGGCGAACCUGGCGACGACCUACAGGAAUCAGGGGCGGUGGAAGGAGGCCGAGAAGCUUGGAGUGCAAGUGAUGGAAACGAGGAAGAAGGAGCUCGGCGAGAAACAUCCUUCUACGCUGACUAGCAUGGCGAGCCUAGCGUCAACGUACAGGAAUCAGGGGCGGUGGAAGGAGGCCGAGCAGCUGGGAGUGCGAGUGGUGGAAACGAGAAAGAAGGAGCUUGGCGAGAAGCAUCCUGACACGCUGACCGGCAUGGCAAACCUGGCGUCGACAUACUGGAACCAGGGGCGGUGGAAGGAGGCCGAGCAGCUGGAAGUGCAAGUGAUGGAGGCGAAUGCGAAGGAGCUCGGCGAGAGGCAUCCUGACACGCUGACCAGCAUGGCGAACCUAGCAUUCACUAAGAAAUCUCAGGGCCGCGACAUUAAUGCUGCUAAGCUCAUGGAGGACUGCUGUAGGCUGCAGCGAGAGGUGCUAGGUUCCAAGCAUCCCAAUACUCUCUCAUCAAUCGAGACUCUACGGAAGUGGCGGCAGGAGAAGGAAUCUGCAGUAACAGGAACAGGAAGUUUUAGAUCUUGGAGGAAUGCAUUUCAGAGGCUCAGGAAGUAA